AUGCUUGUACAACGAACAAGCCUUUUACUAUGUUUGUGGGUGGGCCUGUUGGCCACAUGUUGGGCACAACGCGCGGAACAACUGCUUGCUCAGAAUCCGUGUUCGAGUAAAACCACUUGCAGCGAUUGCAUUCGAACCGCCAGCUGUGCGUGGUGCUUCGCCCCCGAGUUCAAUGGACCGCGGUGUUUCAACCCCGCCAUGGAAGGCGGGACGGCCGGUUGCGACGAAGCUUAUAUUUUCAACCCAGAUAACCAACGUUCUAUUGAUCCAAUGUUUAACAAAGAGUUGACUAGAGCACGGGGCCGCAUGGGUAUGGGCAUGGAAUCAUCGUUCUAUGAGGAAUCUUUUAGCAGCAGCAGUACUAGCUUUAAGGGAGGAAGCGGCUACAACAUGGCUGGCGGAGGAGCCGCUUUUGGUGAAAAUUUGGUCCAAAUAAAGCCGCAGAGAGUAAAAAUGCAAUUAAGAAUGAAUCAAAUGCAAAAGAUGACAUUCUCAUACGCCCAAGCUCAGGACUAUCCAGUGGAUCUUUACUAUCUUAUGGACCUUAGCAGGUCUAUGAAAAACGACAAGGACAAGCUGAGUUCACUUGGUAGUUUACUCUCAAGUACAAUGAGGAACAUCACUUCGAACUUCCGAAUCGGUUUUGGUUCAUUUGUCGACAAGCUCGUCAUGCCCUACGUGUCUACUGUACCGAAAAAUUUGAUUUCACCGUGCGACGGCUGUGCGGCACCUUAUGGUUUUAAGAAUCAAAUGUCGCUUAGCAAUGAUACAAAUUUCUUCGAUAAAGCAGUGGCAGGCGCUGACGUGUCGGGUAACUUAGACGCACCGGAAGGUGGUUUCGACGCCAUAAUGCAGGCUAUUGUGUGUCAGCGGGAAAUCGGAUGGCGCGAAAAAGCCCGUCGACUGCUCGUGUUCUCCACUGACGCGGGUUUCCAUUACGCCGGCGAUGGAAAGCUUGGCGGAAUCGUACAACCUAAUGAUGGAGAAUGUCACAUGGAGAAUAAUUCAUACACACACUCGACUAUACAAGAUUAUCCCAGUAUUUCUCAAAUUAAUCUCAAGGUGAAGGAGCAUGCUAUCAAUGUAAUCUUUGCUGUAACAGCGGAACAGAUAAGUGUUUACGAGCAACUGAGUAAGCACAUCCAAGGAUCAAGCAGUGGUAUUCUCAGCGAAGACUCUGAUAAUGUGGUGGAUCUUGUACGGGAACAGUAUAAUAAAAUAACGUCGACUGUGGAGAUGAAACAUACGUCUAGUGAUGCUGUGCAGCUCGCGUAUUACUCAUCAUGUCUAGGUAGCAAGGACAACGUCGUACAGACUAACACGUGUGAUGGUUUGAAGGUGGGCGAUGUCGUCGAGUUCACAGCUGAAAUAACUUUAAAAGAGUGUCCUAAAGACCCUAGCAAGUGGAAGGAAACUUUCACCAUUUAUCCUGUUGGUAUGUCGGAGAGCCUGACAGUUGAGUUGGAGAUGCUGUGCGACUGUCCCUGUGAACAUCCAGGACAUCAUGCGUACAGCGACAGCCCGCUGGUGUGCAGUGGGCAGGGCACGUGGGCGUGCGGCGUGUGCGUGUGCGGCGCGGGCCGCUUCGGCAAGCGCUGCGAGUGCUCGGCACAGGGCGGCGCGUCGCUGGAGCAGGAGCGCGGCUGCCGGCCCGCCAACGCCUCCAGCGGCCCGCUCUGCUCCAACCGCGGCGCCUGCAUCUGCGGCGUCUGCGAGUGCAACAAGCUCGACGACCCGCUCAAGGUUAUAUCCGGCCCCUUCUGCGAGUGCGACAACUUCACAUGCGACAUGAACAAGGGUAAACUGUGCUCCGGUCCAGAAAACGGAGAGUGCGUCUGUGGAAAAUGUAGUUGCAAACCUGAAUAUACUGGGCCCGCUUGCCAAUGUUUGAAGGACGAAUCGCCGUGUCGUGCAUCCAAUGGAAAAAUCUGCAGUGGCCACGGAAAAUGUGUAUGCGGCCAGUGUGUUUGUGAUGUCGACGAGGAUCGCCACUACUCUGGAAUAUAUUGCGAAAAGAGCCCCGCUUUACCUGGAAAAUGUAUGGAUUUCCAAGAAUGCGUUCUUUGUCAAGUGCACAAGCGUGGUCGACUUUACAAUCCCGACGAGCCAAAGGAGUGCGGAAAAUGCGACUUGCAACCCGUUAUUGAAGAGGGCAAAAUUGAAGUUAAUGAAACUUUGUACGAACAUCUGUGCAAUUUCUACGACGAUGAUGAUUGCCUCUAUGUUUUUAUUUAUUCAUACAAUGGAACAGAGCACUUGCACAUUAGAGCACAAAAAGAAAAUGUUUGUCCAAGAAAGGUUUUCAUCCUCGGAAUUGUGCUCGGUGUAAUAGCGGCCAUUGUGCUGGUAGGACUGGCGUUGUUAAUGUUGUGGAAGAUGGUCACCACGAUACACGAUCGACGAGAGUUCGCUCGUUUCGAGAAAGAACGAAUGAUGGCAAAAUGGGAUACGGGCGAGAAUCCAAUUUACAAACAAGCAACUUCAACAUUCAAAAAUCCAACAUAUGCUGGAAAUUAA